AUGACUCCACAAGAUUUUCUAGAUUCCCUUACACUUGAUGAACCAAGAGGUUUUCUUUUUUUAAUAAAAUUUUCCUUUUAUUUUUUUCUAGAAAGAACAUUCCGUAAUGUAAUAAACAAAAAUCAAGUCAAAAAAUUUAUUCAAAAUACUCCUUUAAGAAGAGGAAAUUCAAAAAUGUUUAGUGAAUUGGGUGAUAAAGGAAUUAUUUCUUAUGCUGAAUAUCUUUUUUUGGUUACACUGUUGACAAAAUCUCAUUAUGCCUUCACAAUAGCUUUUAUGAUUUUUGAUGAGGAUGACAAUAUGCAAAUUGAUAAACAGGAAUUUCUUAAGAUUCAAUAUAUUCUCAUCCUUGCCACUCCACAAACCUUGGAAUCUUCAGAUAUUAAUUUAAUGGAAUCACAACUGGAAUUGGAACAAUGUUUUGUGAAUGCAGAUUUUGAUGUGGAUUUUCUUUCAAGAAUUGUUCCUGCUACUAGAGAAAAGUUUGAACGAUUGAUCCAUUCGAGCAGUUCUCGACAUAAAAAUUUGGAUAAAGAUGAGGAGGAACAAAAACUUUUGGAAGCAAAACAGUCACUCGAAACAACAUUAACUGUUCAUUUAUUUGGAAGAAGUGGGCGAGAUUCUCUUACAUUUAAACAAUUCCAAAAUUUCUACCAACAUUUACAAAAAGAAUUGAUAGAAAUUGAAUUUAAAGAAUUUUCUCGUGGAAAAGAUAGAAUUUCUGCUGUAGAUUUUGCAAGAUUAGUUUUGCGUUAUUCAAUACUUCAUAAAGAUGAAAGAUCCCCUUAUAUUAGAAGAGUUUAUGAAAGAAGUGAAUAUGAUGAAGAGGGAAUAUCCUUACAACAAUUUGAAACUUUUAGUAUGUUUCUUAACAAUUUGGAGGAUUUUAGUAAAGCAGUUCGUUUAUAUGCAAUUGCAGACAUUCCAGUCUCUCAAAAUGAAUUUAUUCGAGCUGUUAAAUGUUCUACUGGUUUCAAUUUGGAUCCUCAACUUGUAAAUGUUUUGUUUAAAAUAUUUGAUGCAAAUGGGGAUGAUAAAUUGUCUUAUUCUGAAUUUAUUGCUGUUAUGAGUGAUCGAUUAAGUAGAGGAUUUAAGGUUUUUUUCCUUUAAAUUUUAUUAAUUUUUUUAUUA